GAUCAGCUGAUAAAAUGUAAAUAAACAACCUUCGGAAAGAUUCAUCAGCUGUAGGGUUGCUCCGAAACGUGAUCGCUGGAAGUCGUAUAUCACUCUGUUUUUUUUCCGAAAAUAAAGAGGAAAAGUUUUGAUUUAUUAUGGCGGCCAAAUUAACAAGGCGCCUACCAACACCAAAUCAUCAUGGAUAUAGUGUCAAGUUUUGCCCCUUCAACAAAGAUAUUAUUGCAGUUGCAUCAGCACAGAAUUUUGGUUUGUCUGGUGGAGGAAUGUUGGUAGUAAAAAAUCUGAAUGCACCUGGUGAUGGCACAGUUAGCACGUGUGUCUGGGCCGAUGGACUUUUUGAUUUGACUUUUAGUGAACAAACACCAAACUGCAUUGUCACUGCCUCAGGGGAUGGUUCCCUGCAGCUGUGGGAUAUAACAAAAUCACAGGCCCCUAUAAUGGUCUACCGUGAGCACCAAAAAGAAGCAUACAGUUUAGACUGGACUCAGACUAGAGAUAGCCAACUCUUUGUCUCUUCAUCUUGGGAUGGAACUAUAAAACUGUGGGAUCCAAAUCGAGAGAAAUCCUUGCUGACAAUGCAGGGUCAUGAAUCCUUAGUAUAUCAAGCUAUAUGGUCACCACACAUCACUGGGUGUAUUGCAUCAGUGUCAGGUGAUCAAACAUUGAGAAUAUGGAAUACCAAGAAAGACACCAAACCUGUAAUGUCAAUAAGAGCUAAUCAGGGAGAAGUGCUUACAUGUGACUGGUGUAAAUAUAACCAAAAUAUCAUUGCUACUGCUGGUACUGAUUGCAAGAUUUGUGGAUGGGAUCUUCGACGACCAGGAGAACCUGUUUAUGUACUUCAGGGUCAUGGGUAUCCUGUACGCAGAAUUAAAUAUUUUCCAUUUGCUGAAACCCAGCUAGCUUCAGUAUCCUAUGACUUAACAACAAGAAUAUGGGACCAUUCACUACCAAACCCCAGCUUAUCUGUUUUGGAAACCCACAGUGAAUUUGUCUAUGGCCUAGAUUUUUCAAACCAUGUUGAAGGAUUACUAGCAGACUGUGCUUGGGAUCAGUCAGUUGGUAUAUACCAUGUUUUUAAACCUGGAAAAUCAGGACCACCUACAUAUGGAGGUGCAACAUGAUCAUUCCCCUUUGUGGAGUGCACUGAAAGGAUAGUUUCUUAUACACUAGUAAGAAAAUGUGCAAUUUUUAAAAGAUGUUUAGAGUUACUGAAGGAGAUUUGUUAUAUAUUUCUACUUUUGAUUUUCCAUUGUUUAUUAUCCAGUACAGAGUAAGACAAGUUUGUAUGAAAUGCUUCCAGAUAUGUCAGUGAGAACACCAGCAUCUAGUUGUAGAAUGCUGACCAGACUCUGAUAGUAUCUUAAAGCACAAAUAACGUUCCUCUAUUAGAAAAGAACAACAAGAACAAAAUAUGGUUUUAGCCUCAAAUAUGAUUAAUGACGAUAAGCAAUUCUUACCAGGCAGACCAUAAAGAUUAGUGAGAUAAACACAAAGAAUCUGUAAAUGUAUAUGGUGUUUUUUCCUCCUAAUAGUUUAAACAUAAUUGUUAAACAAGCUGCCUAUACAGUAUAUGGCUGUUUAGUGACCAGGUGGACAAAGAUAUGAAAAUGUAAUUAUGUAGGAAUUAGAAAGUAAAUAUUGACAUUUUGUAAAAACAAAUAGGCACCAUCAGGAACACUGCCUAUGACAUCACAGUGGUAACCUCUAAACCUUCUAUUGUGCAGACUAUUAGAAUUUCAUCUAAUUAAUAAAAUUACGAUAAAAUUGUAUCUUAUAAUGUCACUUUCAAAUAUAAGAUUUCAAUUUACCACCAUUCUGUUCUUAACUUGUUAGAAUAAAAAUCUCUCCUACCAAAGAGGAAAUGAUAAGGACCAGAGUUUUAAAGAUUUAUUAGUUUGUAAAUCUCUUGUGUUCAGAGAAAAGGGAUUGUGAAAAAGAUACAUACAUAUAUAUACAUAUACAGAAUAUAUGAAUGCCGAUAUUGAUUAUUGACAUAGAAUGUGUGAGUACAACUUUUGAUUAUCAAAUUAUAAUUAGUUUGUGUUAAUAUUUACUUAAUAGGAAUAUUGUAUUAGUGCAAAAUAGACCCAAAGGGAAAAGUAUAUUUGAAAUUAUGAAUAUUAACAAAAGUUCUUCAUAAAUCAUUACAGUUGGCAACAAAACAAUUUAAUAAUUUCUCUGUGUUAACAACCAGUGGUAUUAUAUUACAUUAGUGGUUAUUAUAGGUUGAAUGUUCCCUUUCUUUUUCACUAGUUUUGCUUUCCUAGAUUUGUUUUGAUUGAGAGUUUUACUGUUUAGUCCCCAUUUAAUUUCUCUCAUUUUUAUUCAAAGUUGUCCUUUUCUUGUCCUCCCUUUUUUCCAUUGGUUAUAAUCCUUUUCCAUUUUUCCAACCCUUAUAACCUGCCACAUUAUUCUCUUCCAUCACCACCCUAUUUCCAAAGUUCAUUCCCAUUAUUUACUCAAAGCUCUGUAUAGGUCUCCAAAUUACUUCAUAUAAUUUUUGCUCUGCCCUAAGAUUUUUACCUCCCAUUUAGCCUAAAAAUACGCAUAUUUUUUUCUUAAACUUUUUUUUAUGAAUUUGUUGUGGUCAUUUUGAAACUGUUUACAAAGCACAAAUUCCAAAGCCUACUUUUAUGCUUGGGUUUAGAUUUUACUACUCUUAACCCUUUGCAUGUGGGUACCAAGUACUAUCCAGUUUUUUGUGAAUGGCUUGAAAUGUGCUCAGCCCCCAAGAAGUCAACUAGUUGGCCAGAUGUGAUAUUACUGUUAGUGAUUUUUGUGUUUCCUACUUAUACAAGUAUUGUAUAAUUUAUAGGAAGACAGUCAGGUCUGCAACUAUUUUCUCAUGCAUAAUGUAUAAAAAGAAAACAGAAAAUGGACAUUAUUAUUGCCAAAGAACAAGAGAAGCAGUAGUUGAUGGCAGAAGUAAUGAUGAAAGAUCAACAGAAAUAAUUCCUCUUGCAGAAAAUAAGUGAAAUGUAUUGUUAUUUCAUUAUGUUUAUAUCUAGUCAGUAGUAAAAAAUAAUUUAUAACUACUUAAGUAUUACUGAUUUUUAAAAAUGCUUAAUUCUUCUUACAUGCUUAUUAAAAUCAAAGUAU